AUGAAUAAGUCUAAGAUUGCCCCACUAAUAAAUUUGGUCUGUAAGAGGAAUAUUACUCUUACAACUCCUCGAGAAGGUAAAAGGAACUUUAGGAAAUUUGUUAUACCAAACAAAAGAGGUUCAAGAAUUCAUAAGAUACAACAAACGGGCCCAAACCACGAACUGCCCAUUGAUAAAAGGGGCGUUCGUGAUAUAGGAUAUAUGUUGAAUGGAAAAUUUGUUCAAGUGCCAGAAAUGAUACCUGAAUUAAUCGUACCAGAUCUUUCAAAUUGUACUCUUAAGCCAUAUGUUUCAUAUAAAACUGAGGAUGUUGUACAAAGUGAAUUCUCUUCACAGCAACUAUUUGAUGCUGUCUAUAGUAAAAAGAUUGUCUUAGAUUUCAAGCAAGGCAAAUUAGAUGAAAGCGGUCUGCCACUUCAACCAUCUGAAGAAGAGAAGUUACAACCCAAAGAGGCUAUUGCUCAAGCAAAGAGGACAGGCUCAGAUAUAUUUUGA